CUCACUACUGUCUGUCUGUACCAGUCAGCUGACCCGCUGGUGCUCAGUUAUUGUUGUCUUUGGAUAGAAUAGCGCAUGAAGAUCUUUUCAUUAUUGCUGCGUGUGAGUUUACCGCGGCUGCAGUACGGCCAUAUACUGACCAGUAGCGGGUAUUCCUAGGAAGCAACAAUUAAGCAGUUUUAAAUCUGCAUAAUGCUGUGUGUUGGGUCACGUGCGGUACGACGUGUGGCGAGAGUCCUGGCAACAGCGUCAACAAUAACACACAGGGGAUCAACAGGUGGUUCAGGUGGCUCGGUCGACGUAUCUUGGCAAGGUGGUCCUUCAGCAGCUGGUCUACUCAAAAUGGAUGUACCCAAGCCAAAAUGUCUGGAAUAUCCACUAAAUGUUCCCAAAAAACUACUGAUGGGUCCGGGUCCAGUCAAUAUUCCUCUGCGAGUUCAUAAUGCCAUGAUGAAGCCAGUGCUCGGACAUCUGCACCCAGAAUUUACUCAGAUAAUGGAUGAAGUAAAAGAGGGCUUAAAAUACAUUUUCCAAACCAAGACUGAUGUUGUGUGCUGUGUUAGUGGUACAGGGCAUGCUGGAAUGGAGGCAACAAUGUGCAACCUUUUGGAGCCUAAUGAUGUCAUUGUGAUAGCACAGAAUGGUAUAUGGGGUGAACGUGCUGCUGAAAUGGCUCACAGACUUGAUGCUGAUGUUCGUGUGAUAAAGAAACCCCCUGGUGAUGUCUUUAAUCUCAAUGAGCUGGAAUCAGCAUUAUCAAUGCACAAGCCAGCUGUUCUUUUCUUGGUACAAGGAGAGUCCUCUACAGGAGCAUUACAGCCUUUAGAAGGUGUUGGAUCUCUUUGUAGAAAACAUGGGGCUUUACUUGUAGUAGACACCGUUGCAUGCCUUGGUGGUGUGCCAUUCUACAUGGAUUCUUGGGAAAUUGAUGUUGUGUAUACAGGCUCUCAAAAAGUUAUUUCUGCUCCUCCAUCACUGGCACCAAUUGCUUUCAAUGACCGAGCCAUGAAGAAGGUUCACGCUCGCAAAACGCCCAUAAGAAGUUUUUAUUUGGACAUAACGUGGCUCGCAAACUACUGGGGCUGUGAUGGAUUGCCUCUCAAGUAUCACCACACUGGACCUGUGUGCUCUGUGUAUGCCUUGCGGGAAGCUCUAUCCAUGAUGUGUGAGGAAGGGCUACACUCCCUCUGGUCCCGCCACCUCUAUUGUGCUCAAAAACUGUAUAAUGGUUUGAAUGCUCUUGGCUUGCAACUGUUUGUUGCCGAUCCUGCCAAACGAACACCAACUGUUACCACUAUCCGUGUCCCAGAUGGUGUUGACUGGAGGAAGGUGACUGAAUACUUUAUGUCCAGGUACCAAGUGGAAAUAAGUGGUGGUUUAGGACCUACUGCAGGCAAGGUGUGGCGUAUUGGUCUCAUGGGUUAUAACUGCAUCCCAGAAAAUGUGGAUCGGGUACUCAAGAUCAUGAAAGAAGCUUUAGCAAAUGAAAAAUUUCUUAAAAGCAAUCUGUAAUAUAUCAGGACCUUAACAAGAAUCAUAAGGGUCUGAUGAUACCUUGUAUAGGAAUUGGCGGUGUGGGAUAAAGCAAGCUGUUGAUCUAUGUUAUAUAAAAAGCUUCUCUCAAAGAUUAUGUUAAACUUUUUAAAGUUUGUCUGCUUUCAUCAAUAUUUAAGCAAUGUAAAAUUCUAACCGGUGCUAGCUGACAAUUUUAACAGGUGCUAUAAUUAGUUGGCAGGUUUACAAACAUGUCGUGUAGUACGUGUUUUUUCCAAGUGAUAGUUUAUUGUUCAUGGCUGUAUGUACAGCAGUGUCUAGCAUAAACACAACUUAGUUCAGUGGAGGAAUAACAAUCCUGUUAUACCUAGAUUUUCUAGAUGAAUGAGGAUUUGUGCCAACAAAAAAAAAAAAUUAAAACAUGGUUUAUGUUUUCAUAUGAAAAAUUAACAUUUUCCAUGCGAUUUUGGCAACAAAAUAUAUGCUAACCUUCUGCUAAAAAAGUACAUUGUGAGAUAAAAUAGAAACAACAAAAUUUCUUGCUGUAACUGAACUUAGUUACAGUACGGGACUAAAGAUUGUUAAAUUUUAAAUAUGGUAUUGUUAAUUUUAGUGUUGUAUUUUACUCUGACAUUAACUCUGUAUUUACUGUACUUUUUUUACUGUAUUCAGCUAAAAUAUGACAAAAAAUUUGGAUUGUGAAUAUUUUCCAGGUAAUUCUGCAGAACAGAUAGCCUAUACCUGUUUUGACCAAUAGUGUAUAUACUGGAAUAUAUAUAAAGGUAGAUAAUUCCACAAUUGAAAUUGUUUGUGCUCAACCAUAGUUUUUGUAAAUAAUUAUAUGAAUACACUUUACUGUAAACACUAUUUUUUACCUAUGUAAUAAACAUUACCAGUCAAUAUGUGAUAGGUUGUCUCUUGUCAAGAGUUAAGGAUUGGAAACGUCAAGUUGGGACUUUGUCAAGAGAAUGUAAUAGGCUUUUAUUAACAGUACUUACAGUAUAUUUACUUUAUAUAUAUAUAUAAAGCUGCCGAAAGACAAAUAACUUGCAUACUGUACUUAAAUUAGGUAAAAACAAAUUGAACAGCAAACCAAAUUUUUUUUUAAAGAUUAAAAGUAUUUUGAGGGCUUACCACCUAAACCACAUUAUUUCUAACAAUAAAUAUGUAUAAAAUCCAAGU